AUGGCAGUAACAAUGGAGACCCAAAUUUCGCAUCAUGAUGAUCUCAACUUGAUGGGAUUACAAGAACUGGACUCGCAUCUUUCAAUAUUCGAGACCUCGAAUCCUGGCAGAGACUCCUCUACCCCAGGCGCCAUAUCGAGCGGAUAUGGUGACAGUGUCGACAUGCUUGAUCAACAAUCGCAUACUAUUAUUGUUGAAUCUCCCAGCGAGAACUUUUCUCCCAAAUCUCAUUCCGGUGCAGGUUCUCUUACUAAGUUUGGGGACCAAAAGUUUCAGAAUAUCAUCCGCACUGAGCGGCAUCUCAAGUCUACGUCGGAUGGCAAUAUACUUCUCAGGCCUGAAAGUGCUCGCGAUUCUAUGGCAUCAUCCAUGACUACCGACCUUGACGACGGUUCAUCAGCCCUUUCAUCAAUAUCGAGUAAAGCCACAUCCCCAACCGGCUUCGAUGUCAACUCGAAGCACACUUCGAAGUCGGGUUCUCAUGCAGGAAAGCGACGGCAAAUAUAUGAUGUCCGACCGAAGGUUUCCAUACCUACUGACAUUGCCCCGAGCGAGUAUGCCAGACAAUGCAUCGCGGCUGCAGAAUCGUCUCGUCUCAACCCUUACAGCUUACAUACCGAGGAACAUGCUAUGCUGCGCAAACAUAUCACUCAUCAGCAAGUGACUACGUACCUCAACAUCCGAAAUGGCAUCCUCAGAUUAUGGACCAGAAAUCCUAUGAUUGGUGUAAUGCGCGAUGAAGCCAUCGGAUGUGCCAAGGAUUCUCGUUGGUUUGAUGCUGCUAAUGUCUGCUAUGAAUGGCUUGUGCGACGUGGCUAUAUUAACUACGGCUGUCUCGAGCAUCUUGGGGUUGGCAGAGAUGUCAAGAAAUCCCAACGUGGCCCUAAGCGGAAGCGUAAGACUGUAGCCGUUAUUGGCGCUGGCAUGUCUGGUCUUGGUUGUGCGAGGCAAUUGGAAGGCUUAUUCUCACAAUUCGAAGAACGUUUCCGAGCAAUGGGCGAAGAUCCUCCACGAGUCGUCGUUCUAGAGGGUAGAGACCGAAUUGGCGGCAGAGUAUACUCUAGGGCCAUGAAGUCAAAACCAAAGCAUGCGACUCUUGGCUAUGGAAGUCGAUAUACAGCUGAGAUGGGUGGCAUGAUCAUUACUGGCUUUGACCGAGGUAAUCCUCUCAAUAUCAUUGUCAGAGGUCAACUAGCAUUGUCAUACCAUGCUUUAAGACCGGACACCACGAUCUACGAUGCAAGCGGAAAGCCUGUAGAUAUCAAUCGAGAUCAAUACGCAGAGAAGCUGUUCAAUUAUAUUCUCGAUCGAGUCAGCGAGUAUAAAUUCAAGCUUCCAACCCCUCCUGCGGUCGACGGCGAUAAAGACCUCCUUGACGCAGGACGCGAUGUCAGCUCAGAAGGCUCAAAGACAAUCAGCGAAAUUGAAGAUGCUUCUACGAAUGGCACAAGCACCUCGAACAGUGGAAACUCCCCUACAGCUGACGUACAGAUGAUUCCGGUCUCGUCGGAUAGAUUGACGGGACGAGCACAUCUUGAGCCUGGCAUACCCGCUGUCCAUACUGCUGCCUAUAAAGCUCGGGAAAUAGGUUGGGAAUUACGUCCAGGCAUCGGUAUCGAAUAUGAUCUGGAUCUCGAAUCUGCUGUUAGCUCGAGGUAUGCUACCUUAGGCACAGUCUUCGAUGAGGCCAUUCGUCAGUACAUGCGCAUCGUUGAUUUCACUCCUCUCGAUCUGCGGUUAAUCAAUUGGCAUGUUGCGAAUCUGGAGUACAGCAAUGCAGUCACUUGCAAUAAGCUCAGCCUUGGUGGGUGGGAUCUUGAUGCUGGCAAUGAAUGGGAAGGCAAACACACUAUGGUCACCGGAGGGUAUCAACAGGUACCAAGAGGUCUUUUGAAUUGCCCAGAGCCAUUAAAUGUGCGGAGGCAGAACAAGGUGAAAAGAAUCAUAUAUGAUGCCGAGAACAAGGGUGCGGCGUCGAAGAUCGAGUGCGAAGACGGGCAGCUUAUUGAAGCAGACUAUAUCGUCUCGACGAUACCACUUGGUGUCCUGAAGCGACGAAGCAUCGAAUUUGAGCCAGCUUUGCCUGAAUGGAAGGAAGGACCAAUCCAACGAAUCGGCUAUGGAGUCCUCAACAAAGUGGUUCUGGUCUACAGAGAAGCAUUCUGGGACCAAAAACGCGAUAUAUUUGGUGCUCUUCGCAAUCCCAUGAAUCGAUUCAGCUUGGAUCAAGCAGACUAUUUCUCGCAGCGUGGUCGCUUCUUCCAAUGGUUCAAUUGCAGCAAUACAACUGGCAUGCCCACUCUACUUGCUCUGAUGGCUGGUGAUGCUGCCUUUUCGGCAGAAAGUACUCCAAAUGAACAGCUCAUCUCUGAGGCUACAAAGGUUCUGCGCACUAUUUUCGGUGCUGGAGUACCAGUGCCUGUUGAAGCGGUUGUUACUCGGUGGAGCGAGGACGAAUUUUCGCGUGGUAGUUACUCCUACACUGGUCCAAACUUCCAACCAGAUGACUACGAGGUCAUGGCACGACCGAUUGGCAACCUCUUCUUCGCUGGCGAGCAUACCUGUGGCACACACCCAGCGACCGUUCACGGUGCUUAUAUAUCUGGUCUGAGAGCAGCUUCUGAAGUUCUCGAAACCAUGAUCGGUUCUAUUAAGGUGCCUGAGCUCCUAGUCCCACCAAAAGAUUCUUCCAUGAAGAGGAAAUCCGAGACCAUCCAAAGUCCCAAGGAUCCUAAGCAAGCACGCCUCGAGGCUUAUGAGUACGAGAUUUGGAAUGCUAUCUAUGCUAAGCUCGGUGAACGACCUUGGCGGCCUGCGAAUACUUAUGCGAAUCCAUACCGUAUGUACAGUAAGGACAAGUGGGAGGAGGCCAAGCGCAAGUGCGAGGAAGGCAGGAGACCAGGCAAAGGAAAGCCUAUUCCUAAUGAGGUUAAGAAGAUGGUCACAAAGAUGUGGAAGGAGGCGUCCGAAGACGUGAAGCAACCAUACAACGAAAGAGCAGAUGUCCAGAAGAAAGCAUAUGCUACUGCCAUGGUUGAGUACAACAACAAAGCCGCGCAGUGGGACAAGGAUGCUCUUGCAUUCAGAGCCGUGUACGAAAAGGAACACCCAAGUAUACCAGGGCCUGAAGAGACUAAUGGUAGCCCUUCGAGAAAGGACAGGCGAGCCAAGCGGGGUGUGAGUGGGUACGCUGAAGAUUCCGGGUCCGAAUUGGACAUCUGA